CACGAGCGGACGCGCACAUGGGAUAAAAACAUGCCCACGUCCGUGUGAAUGGGAGUUAAACGUGAUUAACUAGUUCACCGCAGUUAAAUACUGGGUGCGAUUUUCGUCGGUCAAAAGAAGUGUUACUGAGGCGAAACCAUGAGCACUAUUUUGCACUCGGCCCUGCAACGAUUGGCGGCUCGGAGUCCCAUUCAAAUUUCGGUGCGCUUCUGGGAGCGAAAAAAGUACAUCCGGCGCUAUGGCUAUGAGAACCCCCUGUUGCCCCCUGGUUACCUGCCACGGCUACCGAAGGAAAAAGGAAAGCUCGGGAGCCAGCCUAUCUACACACCUAAGGAUGCCUGGUGCGAACGAAGAGCCCUCUUCGGACAAAACGACUACAUUGACAUCCUGGGCAAUGGCACCUUGAAGCCCAUCCACAUCAUGAGGGGUGUACCUGGCUGGCUGCAAGGUUUCCAGGGCAACGAGUUCCAGAUGCUGCUGCGCAAGAGGGCCGUCGUCAACCACUGGCGCGAGACGCGGCCCACCGACUUUCACAAGCUCCAGAAACGCAUAAGGUGGCUCUACAAGGUGCUCAACCAUAGGACGCGCUCAAAUUGAUUUGCGCUAGUGAAAGCCCUAUACCUUGAACAUUGUAGUUAUGUAAUAAAGCAAGGCUGCACGUUAUUUUGGC